CAAUGAAAAUACUCAUUCUUCAUGGUAUUAGAGCCUAACUAAAACCCUAAAAAUAUCCUCCCUAGUUUCGGCCCUCCCCUUCGCCGAACCUCCAUCUGCGCCGCCGUCUCUCUCCUCCUUUUUUUCACGGCAGGCAGCUUCCUCCCCCUCCUUCCAUGGCUGAAAGUGAAGUCAUCUCUCAAUCCUCCACCCAAAAAUCUCCACAUCUGGCUUUCUCUGUCUCCAACGUCAAACUCCAUGUUCCAAUCCAACUCAGCUUUUCUCAACCAAACUACAAAAAGUGGAGCCGCCUGUUCCUUCUUCUUGCACGGCGGUUCAACCUUCAGGGUUAUCUCAACGGUUCUAUUGCUCCCAUCUCCGAUGACGACGAUGAAUGGUUUCAGCUUGAUGCCGUUCUCCAAGGCUGGAUUCUCUCCACCAUCACUGAUGAAGUUUCAGAUCUAGUUAUUUCCUCUGUCUCUACUGCUUCUGCUCUCUGGAAGGUGAUUCAUGACCUGUUUCACGACAAUAAACAUGCUCGCGCCAUGCAACUCGAGCACCAAUUUCGUACCACCGUCAAAGGAUCUACUCCCAUGGCUACGUAUUGUCAAGAGCUCAGAAAUAUUGCAGAUUGGCUAGAUGACGUCGAUGCCCCCGUGUCUGAGCACCAACUUGUUCUCCAAAUGUCCGGUCGGCCCUCCUUCUCCUUGACCGACAACGGACCCCCCUGGGCAGCACCAGCAGCACGGCGCUGCUGGCGGGGCAUGGCGGCAGCAGCCACGCCGGUGGACAGCACGGCGGGACUGGCGGGCGCGGCUCCUCUCACGGUGGCAACUCCGGCGGUUGGGGACAAUUUUUUGGCAGCAGCUAUGGUGACGGUUCAUCCUCCGGGCAGCGUGGCGGCUUUGGACACGGACAAGGGCGUGGCAACGGCAACCGGGGUCGUGGUCGAGGGCGCCAAAACAGCGGAUCGAGGCAGCGACCACCCACGGACGGGCACAAUUCCUGGAACUCACCGUACUCUUUCUCAUGUCUCUUCUCAAGUUUUAUAUUCACCUCACUAUAUCACUGUUGGUAAUGGAUCUAAGGUUCGCACUACGGCGGUUGGUAACCACACUCUUCCCACCACCCCUCCCCUCUCCCUAAAUAAUAUCCUAAUUUCUCCCCAUAUUACUCAUAAUCUUAUCUCUGUUCGCAAACUCACCCGUGAUAAUGACUGCACUGUUGAAUUUGACGCUCAUGGUUUUUCUGUGAAGGAUCGUCAGACGGGGACCGUGAUGCAUCAGUCCAAUAAUGCAGGUCCUCUCUACCCGGUAGAUCAUCCAACCUCUGCUCAAGCUCACGUUUCAUCCGUAGAUCAUCAAACCUGGCAUCGUCGCCUCGGCCAUCCAAGCCCUGCGGUCCUGCGUGGCUCAACUUCCCCCUGAUUUCUGGGUGGAAGCCCUCUAUAUGGCCGCCCACCUCUUCAACAUUCUCCCCACCACUGUAUUAAACAACCAUACUCCUCACUCCGUUCUCUACAAUUCUCCCCCACACUACUCUCAUCUUCGCGUUUUCGGUUGCCUUUGCUAUCCGAAUAUCUCCGCCACCGCCCCACACAAACUUGCACCGCGCUCCUCCCGUUGUGUCUUCCUCGGCUACCCCUCGAAUCAACGUGGCUAUCGAUG